AUGAAGAAAUUGGCACGAAGUUACAUCUGGUGGCCUGGGAUCGAUAUGGACAUUGAGAGUAAAGUACAGGACUGUCAGGUACACGGUUCGAUUCCCGCGGUAGCUCCUCUCCAUCCAUGGAAUUGGCCUGAAAAGCCGUGGUCGAGACUACAUGUGGACUAUGCUGGUCCAUUUCUAGGUCAUAUGUUUCUCAUCAUAGUUGAUGCCUACAGCAAAUGGUUGGAGGUGUACCCUACAAAAGCAUCGACGUCAGCAGUGACCAUUGACAAAUUGAGAGAAUGUUUCUCUACGCAUGGUUUACCGGAGAUGGUGGUGUCUGACAACGGCCCAUGCUUUGUCAGCGAAGAUUUCGCAGCGUUCAUGUCUGAGAAUGGAGUCGUACAUGUGAAAACGUCGCCCCAUCAUCCUUCAUCUAAUGGUCUCGCGAAGAGGUCGGUCAGGAUAUUCAAAGAAGGCAUGACGAAGAUGCAAAAUACUGAAGGAAACCUUAACACGGAAAUUGAGCAGAUUUCUACUAGCAUAUCGGUCAACUCCGCACACUACGACAGGAGUCUCGCCUUCGGAGCUCCUAAUGGGACGUCGUGUCAGAACAAAAUUUUAUCUCGUCAGACCCGUGGUCAGAAAUCGUGUCAGGAAAUGUCAAACUAG